UUUUCGUCUGACAUCUCUGUCAAUCUCCGCUAUCUUUUGUGCAUUUUUAAUUGAGGAGUCUGGUAUUCCUCCGAGUGUCGGUCGUGGUGGUUGAUUGCAUAUUUCGAGCGCAUCCGUACAUAUCGGAGAAACGAAUAUACCCAGGAGGAUCCAUGGCAGGAACAGUUUGAUAGUUCAAUUACGUGCAGGCAGAGUAUCAUAUAACGACUAUAGACCACAAUUCGGGCGCAGAAUUUCGACAUAGGCUUUCCACCGCCAAACCCUUUGAAAGGAAACUCCAGCGAACACAAAUUCAAUUGCUAUCAUGGCGAUUCCAUCAGAAGAGAUGGUAUUGCCGAGGACUGGGUCUGCGACGUUUGUUGAGUUGGCAAAGCGAAUAAACAUCCCUCUUACACCGACGAGCCCCCCAGGUCUGAUCGAGGCAGAUACAGUUGAUCCAUGGACUCAAGCUGGGAAAUACGCUCUAGGAUGGACCUACUUCUGUAUAGUCCUGCUCAUGCUCGUUGCCAUCACAAGAGUCUACCAUCUGUGGACAGACAAGAUUCGACAAGCAAUGCACAAGGAAGAGGUGGAAAAGCAAAUGCGUCAAUACUAUCCUCCGGAUCCUCAGGAGUUCGACUUCACAGCAGGAGGAAUUGAGACUGGCGCAACGGUGGAUCAAUUAUUUCCGCGAGGAGAUCAAUUAUUUCCUCGCGAAGGCGAGAAAGGUCUUGUUCUUACCAGAGGACAGUCACAUUGGUCGUCGAUUGGAGCCGUCAACGAUACGCUGGCGUUGUUUAGAUGGAUCUUUUAUCGACCUGUGCCUGAGCUCAAAUGGAAGAAGAAGACCCUCCUCAGCUUCCCAUCGUUGGCCGUUAUUGCUAUCCUCGUUAUUGGGCUGGCCUUUGUGACUCUGUACUGUUUCCUUCCCCAGCCUCUGUACUGGCAGAGCAUUCAAUUCGGAUCCCCACCUCUAGCCAUCAGAGCUGGUAUGAUUGCUGUUGCCAUGACACCCUGGAUCGUUGCGACAAGCAUGAAAGCCAAUCUGAUUACUGCGAUCACUGGUAUCGGCCAUGAGCGACUUGGUGUCUUCCAUCGAUGGGGAGGAUACUUGUGCUUAUUUCUCUCCUUGGUUCACACCAUCCCCUUCUACGUCCAGCCAGUUUGGGACGACGGUGGAAUGGCGGUGUACCAAAGACUCUUCCCAGGCGGCAGUGGCGUCAUCUACGGAACCGGAAUUGCGUGUUUGGUGCCGCUUGGAUGGCUAUGCAUUGGCUCUCUACCAAUUAUCCGGACUCUUGCCUACGAGCUCUUCGUGUUCUUGCAUAUCCCCAUCGCUAUUGCAUAUCUCGGUCUCCUAUUCUGGCACUGCAAGAACUACCUCACAUCUUGGGACUACUUGUACGCUACGGUUGUCAUCUGGGCUCUCUCAUACCUUAUGAGGUUAUUCAACCUGAAUUGGUUGAAGCCAUGGAGGAAUGCUUGGCUGAUUGGAGACGAAGCUGCCGUUACACUGAUGGCUGAGAACGCGAUCAAAAUCACUAUACCCACGCAAAUGACCUGGAGACCCGGUCAAUUCGUCUAUCUCAGAAUGCCUGGCAUUUCUGUCUUCGAGAACCAUCCAUUUACGAUUUCGUCCCUUUGCAGCGAGGACUUUCCGUCGGAGUAUGGUGAUCUUUACAGAGACUGCACAUUGGUGUUCCGACCGUUUGGGGGCUUCACUCGUAGAGUCCUUGAGACUGCCAUCGAAAAAGGGCCUUUCAAGACCUAUCGAGCGUAUCUGGAGGGUCCGUAUGGUGGGAUGCAGAGAGAGUUAGCUGCCUUUGAUACUGUUAUCUUAUUCGCUGGAGGCAGUGGCAUCACUGCGAUCGUCUCGCAGCUCUUAAACCUGAUCAAGCGAAUGAGAGACGGAAAGGCAGUAACCAAGAAGAUCGAAGUCGUAUGGGCCUUGAAACGACUCGAAGCCAUGGAUUGGUUUAGGGAGGAGCUCCGAAUCUGCAGGGAAUAUGCACCUCCGGAUACGGUCACAUGUCAGUUCUAUGUGACUGCAUCAACAAGACGGCAAAGGAUGGGAAUGAGCGAGAGAGCGCCUCGACCCAUCAGUACGGUAUUCCAUGACAAGCUUGACGGGUUUGUCGCUGGGAUUGCAUCAAAGAGAAAUUCAGCAUGGAUUCGAGACGAAGCUCAAGGCGACGAAGAGCGAGAGCAAGAACUGAGAGCAGAACAAGAAGAUGCCAUCACAUCUCUACCCCAAGCGAAGCACCUUCAACCCAGGGUCUUGCCACCCCCAGUGCAAAUGUCCUUCGCACCACCACCCAAGAAAGCGCAAGGCAUACUACACAAAAUGGACCGCAAAGAAAAGCGACAAUCAGUACAGUCGGCAUUCUCAUCAAUAGCAGACUCUGACAACCACGAAACCACGCGGAAAUUCCUCUCACUCCCAUCCAAGAACCCACCUCCAGGCGCCAAGAGCCCUGGCUUCCACUUCCCCGCGCCUUCACCGCAACACUCACCACACUUUAACUUCGCCCCUCCUUCCCCAAGAAAUAGCUACAAUCCACAAAAUUUCCCGCCCCCGCCUCCCGGCCCACCACCAGGAGGCUACAGACCAAGCUCCUGGCUCUCCACAGAAGCCGACUCGAGGCCAAAUUCCUACCAACCGUCCGACUUCCCCGCUCCACCAGCAAGCGCCCGCACUCCCUCCCCUAACCCACAAUCACCUCCCCAACCCCAAUCACAAGUCCAAUCGCACACGAAAUCAGAAUCCGACUCCUUCCCCCCACCUCCCCAACAACCAGAAGCCGCCCACACACGCACCAAAUCCGCCAACCUCGCUCUCGAGAUCCCCGCACCAACCGCAACCUCAACCUUCGACUUCGGCUUCCCUUCCACGCCGACCGAAUUCCAAAAGAACCUCAUGCGCUUCGCCUUCAUCGGGCAGAAGGUAAAGAAGGAAGGCUGGAGCACCGAAUACGGACGUCCGGAUCUCGGAUACAUGUUGAAAGAGAUGGCGACUGGUGGUAUGGAUGGAAAGGGCAUCUUUGGGAGGAGGACGUGUGUCUUUGUGUGUGGGCCGCCGAGCAUGAGAGUUGAUGUUGCGAAUACGGUUGCGAGACUGCAAGCUGAUAUUUGGGGUGAUGAUAGUAAGGAUGAGAUUUUCUUGCAUACGGAGAAUUAUGCGAUUUGAGGAGUGAGAGAAGGGAGAGAAGAAGCAAGUAUUGAGGGGGAUAAUUGCUGGCGUUUGGAAGGGAGAUCCCUACUUGUAACUAUAAUUGGGUGAUAUAUAAUGAGAUACGGAGUACGCAAAUUGAUACCAUUUGCCUUAAUUUAUCUUUUUCCAAAGAAUCGUGCGUUUCCAGCCACUGUGCGAGACAGGUUACUCUGAACAGAGCUUCGAAGCGUGCUGUGCUCUUUGCUUCUCAGCUCCAUAGCUUUA